GAUCACCUUCUCUCUCUCUCUCUCUCUCUCUCUGCAUUGCAGUAGCAUAGUUUAGGGAUGGGUAACGCAGACUACGUGCACCCAUCGGUGAAUGUGGAGAAGGGGCACCGGGUGGCGGUGCCGCCGCAGCAGCCAUUCAUCAAGUCACUGAAAACCACCAUGAAAGAGACCUUCUUCCCCGACGACCCUCUCCGGCAAUUCAAGAACCAGCCACGCUCCAGGAAGCUCAUGCUCGGCCUCCAGUACGUGCUCCCCAUCUUCGAAUGGGGUCCCCGUUAUUCCCUCCCCUUCUUCAAGGCCGAUCUCAUCGCCGGAAUCACCAUCGCCAGCCUCGCCAUCCCCCAGGGCAUCAGCUACGCCAAGCUCGCCAACUUGCCACCCAUUCUCGGCCUCUAUUCGAGCUUUGUUCCGCCAUUGGUGUACGCAAUGAUGGGCAGCUCCAGGGAUUUGGCGGUGGGGACGGUUGCCGUUGCGUCGCUGCUGACAGCGUCGAUGCUGGGGAGUGAAGUAAACGCCGCCGAGAACCCCACGCUGUACCUUCAUCUAGCUUUCACGGCCACGUUCUUCGCCGGAAUCUUUCAAGCUUCUUUGGGGAUCUUAAGACUAGGGUUUAUAGUGGAUUUUCUCUCACAUUCGACGAUUGUUGGGUUCAUGGCUGGAGCAGCCACAGUGGUUUGUCUGCAACAGCUGAAAGGAAUUCUUGGUCUUGACCAUUUCACCCAUGGCACCGACCUUGUCUCCGUCCUGCGCUCUGUUUUCACCCAAUCCCAUCAGUGGCGAUGGGAAAGUGCCGUGCUGGGAAUCGCUUUCCUUUUCUACCUUCUCCUGGCUAGAUUCUUUAGCAAGAAACGGCCAAACCUGUUCUGGAUUUCAGCAAUGGCGCCAUUAACGUCAGUCAUCUUGGGAAGCCUUCUCGUUUACCUCACCCACGCCGAGAAACACGGCGUUCAAGUGAUUGGACACUUGAAGAAAGGGUUGAAUCCGAUAUCAAUUACUGAUCUGGCAUUCGGGUCCCCCUACCUCUCCACCGCCCUCAGGACUGGCAUCGUCACGGGUGUCAUUGCUCUAGCUGAAGGUAUUGCAGUGGGCAGAAGCUUUGCCAUGUUCAAGAACUACCACAUUGAUGGCAACAAAGAGAUGAUCGCGUUUGGGAUGAUGAAUAUCGCUGGUUCUUUGACUUCUUGCUACCUCACCACAGGGCCGUUCUCCCGGUCGGCGGUGAACUUCAACGCCGGAUGCAAAACGGCAGUUUCGAACGUUGUGAUGGCAGUGGCCGUCAUGUUCACACUGCUAUUCCUUACGCCACUGUUCCAUUACACUCCGAUGGUGGUGCUAUCCUCCAUUAUCAUCGCUGCAAUGCUCGGCCUCAUCGACUACGAAGCCGCCAUCCAUCUCUGGCAGGUCGACAAGUUCGACUUCCUCGUCUGCAUCAGCGCGUACGUCGGCGUCGUCUUCGGCAGCGUCGAAAUCGGCCUAGUCAUCGCGGUGGCUCUGUCUUUUCUUAGAGUACUGUUGUUUGUGGCGAGGCCGAGGACGUUGGUUCUCGGGAACAUCCCUGACUCUUUGAUUUACAGAAGUGUUGAUCAAUACCCAAAUACAAACAAUGUUCCAGGGAUUCUGAUUCUGGAGAUUGAUGCUCCUAUUUACUUCGCCAAUGCAAGCUACUUAAGAGAAAGGAUUUCAAGGUGGAUAGACGAGGAAGAAGACAAGCUAAAAUCUUCAGGGGAAACAAACUUACAGUAUGUUAUACUUGAUAUGGGUGCGGUUGGCAAUAUAGAUACAAGUGGGAUUAGCAUGCUCGAAGAGAUGAAGAAAAGCACUGAUAGACGAGGGCUUCAGCUUGUGUUGGCAAAUCCGGGAGGUGAGGUGAUGAAGAAGCUGAACAAGUCGAGGUUCCUGGAGGCAAUAGGCCAAGAGUGGAUCUAUCUAACAGUGGGAGAGGCUGUUGGAGCAUGCAACUUCAUGCUCCACACCUCCUCCAAGCCAAAGCCAUCAGAUUCAUGGAGCAACAAUGUUUGAGCCUCUGGGCACUAGCUACUACACCAAGAACAAUAACCCACGAGCCAAAGAUUGCUCAAUGAUCAUUGACGGUAAGAUCAAUUGCAUCAACUGUAAUUGGGGGUGCAACACAAUUGAUUCUCGUGCUUGUAUUCAAGUUGGAAUCUUUUUUAUCUUCCAACAUAAUGCAACUUGCAAAAUGUACGCUGGAAAGUUUGAGUGGAGAGUCUUCUAGAUUUCUCGAAACUAAGAACAUGCCAGCCAGUCUAUGUACUUUUGUGCUCUGUCUACGUUGCAACGAGAUGACAAGUUUUCUC